UGGACACAGCGUUGUUAUAGGGCCUUGGACGCAACGAUGCUGCACUCGUUUGUUAUUGCUGCCAUGAGGCACCGGUAGCUGCGGUUGUUUGUGUUGAUCGUGGUCGUUGCCUGGCGUGCUGUGCGCUGCGCGGUGGUGGUUAAUGUGAGCUUGAUCACCAUCAAUCUGCCACCAUGUCGAAGAUUUUCACACCAACUAACCAGAUGCGUCUUACCAAUGUUGCCAUUGUGCGCAUGAAGAAAACUGGAAAAAGGUUUGAAAUUGCAUGUUACAAGAACAAGGUGCUCUCAUGGAGAAGUAAAGUUGAGAAAGAUAUCGAUGAAGUUCUUCAGAGCCACACAGUGUUUUUGAAUGUCUCAAAGGGACAAGUUGCCAAGAAAGAAGAGCUCCAAAAAGCAUUUGGCACAGAUGAUUCUACAAAAGUGUGUCUGGAGAUUUUGGAGAAGGGGGAGUUGCAGGUCUCGGAAAAAGAGCGGCACGCCCAGCUUGAGUCUUCUCUCAAGGAUAUCGCCACAAUUGUAGCAGACAAAUGUGUAAAUCCCGAAACGAAGAGACCAUACCCAGUCACUAUGAUAGAGAAGGGAAUGAAAGACAUCCACUUCUCUGUCAAGCCAAACCGGAACUCAAAGCAGCAGGCGCUGGACGUCAUCAAGCAGCUGGGCGCGGUGAUGCCGAUCGAGCGGGCCCAGAUGCGGCUGCGCGUCCGGCUGCCUGCCCGAGACGGCAAGCACGCGCGCAAGCGCAUCCGGGAGAUGAGCAGCUCGGUGGAGGAGGACGACUGCGCUGACGGACAGUUCACCAUGGUGUGUCUGCUGGACCCGGGCCACUUCAGGGAGGUGGACGAGCUGAUCCGGGCCGAGACCAAGGGCCGCGGCCAGAUGGAGCUGCUCAGCCUGAAGGAGGUGCGGGAGGGCGAUUCGGCACUCUAGUAGCCCUCGCCGCCGCCGCCGCCGCCGCCGCCGGUUUGCGCGGCUGGACGGGCUGCGCUCCGCCUCGCGUUUUCGCUUGGGGCUAACACAACAGGCUGUAAUGCGUUUGUGCUGUUAUUAAUGACGCCUUCAGAAAAUAUACCGUUUAUUUAAGCGUAAGCUAUUAUCUUGUUUAAUCACAUCAUAUCACAACUUGUGAGCACAAACCCCGCCAAGCAAUCCGUCUCAGCGAAGAGUGCGCCCGUUUGUUCAGGAUGAAAAAGAGCUGACGUAUAUACCCCAGGUCAUAUCAGGUGUAGAAGCUCGGACAUCGCUGUGACCAAAGUAUGUUUAAGGACACGGUUAAAACACAACAACCCGACGUCACCCAUGCGGUGCUUAGCGCUACCCCUCGCCCGCAGUUUCGCGUUUGAAACGGUCUCCCUCGUCAGCCGACAUCGCUAAUAUCCGCUCAUAAAAUGUAUACAAGUCAUUCACGACCGGCACUGGGCGCGACACCGCCGCGGCCUCUUUGGCUCCCUAGCGUCACUAGAAGCUCCCGUUACACACCAGUUGUACCGCAUAUGAGACCUGCGCAAAGACUGAAGUGGUUUACAUGUUAAGGGACACAUGUUCGCCGCAUGUUCAUGUGUUCUCCUGCACAUGUACAUCUGUAUAUUCGUCGGCAUAGGGUUAGUGUUCAGCAUUUUCCGACAGUGGGGGUGCUAUGUCACCCACGGACCCCGUUCGUACGUCUACGCGACCACGGUCUGUCUUAAAACAAGGCCUGUUUAACACCAGGUCAGCUGUAUGUUACAUACAGUAUGCCAAAAAUAUAUACAAAAAUAUAGA